AUGCAAAAUGACUGCUUAAAAUCCAAUCCAAUUGAUAUGUUCACAUUCCAUGUGCAUGAAAUGUGGAGUCAAUAUACAAAUCCAAGAAAAUACAAGGUAUCUCAUUUCAAUCUAAACAAUAGUCAAAUCUAGAAUAAAUUUAGAAUCCAAUGUCCAAAAUGUCGUAAAUUGACACACACUUAUGAUAUCAAGAAUUUAUUGAUUGAAAAUAAUGAAUUAUAUCUAAUUACAGAUUCAAGUGAAAUGGAAAAAGAAGUACUUAACGAAAGUCAAUUCUCACUCUAGAAGAAUUAAUAAGAUGCAAUCUUGGGAAGAAGACAAUCCAAUGCUUAUUAAUUUUAAGAAGUAUCUGAACCAAAUAAUAAGAAUGCCUCAAAAAUUGGUGAAAUGCUCUCUGUGUAAGCUAAUCAUAACAAUCCCUAAAAUGCAUUCAAUCAUUCUCAGUUCAAUAAAAAGAAACCUAAUUUAGGAAGUGAGAGAAUAUCUCCCAGUAAGCAAAUGUCUAAGCCUACCUAAUCAAAUCAUUAGAAAAAGUAAUCUUAUUAAAUACCUUAAUAAGAAAUUGCAAUUGAAUGCAAGGCUAAAACCUAAGCUAAUACAUCAAAUAUUUAAUAAAAUAAAAUUAAUGAUUUCUUUAAACCCAAUUCCAAUACACCUGUUGCAACUCCAACAACAAAUGCAUCACAGUUACUCUUUCAAUAAACUGAAAACAAAAAACCUGUCUAACCACAACUCGUCUAGCAACAAUAAUAAUAACAAUAAUAACUAUAAUAUUAAUAAUAGUUGUAAUAGCAAAGUAAAACUGACAAAAUAUUUGAGAAUAAAUAAUAUUUUCCAGAAGAAAAGAAACUAUCAACUCCAAAAUAUAGUGAAAUUAUUAAAGAAAAGGAGAACUAGUUAUUAAAAGACAUUGCUAAAGAUAGUUCAAAUACUUCAAAGGAAAUAUCAGACAACUCCAGACACAAAAGAAGUUCGACAGGUCUAAUACAAGAAACUGAAGAAUAAGCCUCUGUGUAGAUUAUUCAAUCCUACUUCAAGAUGGUUCAAAAGAAUGUUUUGAAGCUAGAAAAGGAUGUAAUUGCAGCAGUAAACAAUAAAUAAGUGGAUCCUCAAAGCAUCUAUCAAAAACUCAAAAUCUUAACAACCAGAAUAGGAGAUAAUGAGGGAGAACUCAUAUAAUCCAUUAAAGUGAUGCAAAAACUGCAUCAGGAAAUAAUAGGACUUUCGACUCCAUCCUAACAUAGAAAAACUAGUUCUCAUCAUAAUACAAGUCAAUAGAUACACUAAUUCAAGUAAUUAUGUGAAAAAUAUUGA